AUGAAGGAAGAUAUAAUUGAAAAAGAUGAGAAUAUUUUAUUUUUAUUUGAUGUAGAUGGUACACUUACUGAAAGUAGACAGAAGGCACCAAAGGAGAUAAUAGAAAUGUUAAAGAAACUAAAAGAGAAAGUAUUUACUGCAUUUGUAGGAGGAUCUGAUUUACCAAAACAAAAGGAACAGUUAGGAGAAAACAUUCAUGAUUUAUUUGAUUAUGAAUUUCCUGAAAAUGGAGUACAAUUCUUUAGGAAUGGUGAGCUAGUAUCAAGUAAUAGCAUGAUAGAGGAGAUAGGUGAAAGUAAUAAUACAAAAUUAAUAAAUAGUAUAUUCAAGGCACUUAGUGAGGUAAAAAGUACUGUAUUAAGAGGUACAUUUAUUGAAUCUAGAAGAUCAAUGCUUAAUGUUAGUCCAAUUGGAAGGAGUUGUUCACAGAAAGAGAGGGAGGAUUUCUUUGAAUUUGAUAAAAAAGAAAAAUCUAGAGAAAAAUUGGUAAGUAAGAUUAAAGGUGUUUGUGAUGAUAUUGGUGUACAAUGUUCAAUAGGAGGUCAGAUAUCAAUUGAUAUUUUUCCUAAAGGCUGGGAUAAGAGAUACUGUUUACAACAUAUUAAACAAGAAACAAUUAUUUUCUUUGGUGAUAAAGUAGAAAAAGGUGGGAAUGAUUAUGAAAUUUUUAAUCAUGAACGUGUAAAAGGAAUAUUUACUACAGGGCCUUUUAAUACAAUUGAAUUAGUCAAAGAAGAAUUAAAAAAGUUAAAUAAAUAA